CAGAAGACCCAGGGGGUCCGUAUCCACACUCUGCCAUGUCUCUGUGUCUGUCUUUCCGAGGCAGAUGGAAGAUGGGGCAGAAGAACUCACUGGGGGGCUCCUCGCAGCUCCCCAAGCAGGACUACAAGGCCCUGAGGGAAAGGUGCCUGAUGGAAGGCCGCCUCUUUGAAGAUGAUAGCUUCCCGGCCAGCCUGUGCUCUGUGGGCAGUGGGCCCCUAUUGCGGAAGCUGCCGCCCGGCCUGCAGUGGAGGAGGCCUCUGGAGCUGCACAGCAAUCCCCAGUUCUAUUCUGCUGACACCAAAAGGCUGGACCUGUGCCAGGGAGUGGUAGGUGACUGCUGGUUCUUGGCUGCUUUGCAAGCUCUGACUUUGCAUCAGGACAUCCUGAGCCGUGUCGUUCCCCUGAAUCAGAAUUUCACUGAGAACUAUGCUGGCAUUUUCCAGUUCUGGUUCUGGCACUUUGGGAAGUGGGUUCCUGUGGUGAUAGAUGACCGACUUCCUGUGAAUACAGCUGGCCAGCUGGUCUUUGUCUCUUCCACUUACAAAAACGUGUUCUGGGGAGCUCUUCUGGAAAAGGCCUAUGCUAAGCUGUCUGGCUCCUAUGAAGACUUGCAGCGUGGACAGGUGUCUGAAGCACUUGUGGACUUCACUGGAGGGGUGACAAUGACCAUCAAACCGGCAGAGGCCCCUGGCAACCUCUGGGACAUCCUCACCUGGGCCACCUACAGCAGAACCCUCAUUGGCUGCCAGACACACUCAGGGAAAGAGAGGGUGCUGGAGAACGGGCUGGUGGGCGGCCAUGCCUAUACCCUCACAGGAAUCAGAAAGGUGACCUGCAGACACGGACCAGAAUAUCUAGUCAAGCUGCGGAACCCCUGGGGCAAAGUGGAAUGGAAAGGGGACUGGAGUGACAGCUCGGGUAUGUGGGAGCUACUGAGCCCCAAGGAGAAGAUUCUGCUCCUGAGGAAAAGCAAUGACGGAGAAUUCUGGAUGACACUGAAGGACUUUAAAACACAUUUCAUGCUUCUGGUCAUCUGUAAACUGACCCCGGGCCUGCUGAGUCAGGAUGUGGGCCAGAAGUGGACAUACACCAUGCGGGAGGGAAGAUGGGAAAAGGGGAUCACGGCCGGUGGCCCGAUGAAGUCACCCCGAGACACAUUCUGGAAGAACCCGCAGUUCCUGCUGUCUGUCUGGAGCCUUCAGGAGGGCAGGAGGUUCUCGAUGCCCUGCAGUGUGCUGGUGUCCCUGCUGCAGAAGCCCAGGCACAGGCACCGCAACUGGAAGCCUCACCUGGCCAUUGGCUUCUACCUCUUUAGGUUGAGCAAGCACUAUGGUGACCAGAGGAGACUGCCCUCUGAGUUUUUCUGGAAAAAUACCCCCAUAAGAUGGCCUGAAGCAUUUCUCACAGAGAAAGAAGUGAGUCAGGAACUGCAGCUGGAGCCAGGGACAUACCUCGUUGUGCCCUGCACAUCCAAGGCUGGCCAGGAAGCAGAGUUUGUCCUGAGAGUAUUCUCCAGGAAACACAUCUUUCAUGAAAUUGGAUGCAAUUCCAGUGCUGUCUUCUCUAAGGAAAUAGCAGACGAAAAUGAAGGGCAGGAUGAAUUCUUCACUAAACUCUUUGAAAAGUAUCCAGAAAUAAACGCAGUGCAGCUGCAGAAGGUCCUGAACCACAUGACCUGGUCAAGUCUGGGGAGUGCCCAGCCUUUCUUCAGCCUGGACGCCUGCCAGGGGAUCCUGGCCCUACUGGAUCUUAAUGCGUCGGGUACCGUGAGCAUCCAGGAGUUCAGGGACCUGUGGAAGCAGCUGAUGCUGUGUCAGGAGGUUUUCCACAAGCACGACAGCAGUCACUCAGGAUACCUGAACAGGACCCAGCUGCAGGCUGCCAUGAGGGAUGCAGGAAUCAUGCUCAGCAAUGACGUCUGCCAGCUGAUGCUUAUCCGCUAUGGCGGCCCCAACCUCCAGAUGGACUUCGUCAGCUUCGUCCACUUGAUGCUGCGUGCAGAGAACAUGGAGGAUGCCUUUCAGAACUUAACCCAAGAUGGCAAAGGGAUCUACCUCCAGAAGCCAGAGUGGCUGAUGAUGACUCUGUACUCCUGAGAAGGCUGGAGCCCUGUCUGCCUUCACUGAGAACUCUGCAUGUGGCUCAAAGGUAGCCUUUGACUGAAACCAAUCCACAUUCAGCCCAUUUACUGUUCUUCAGGACCGUGUCUCCAGUCAUCGCCUUCUCAGCUGGGAAGAUUUCUUUUCUGCAGACCUUCCCCUUGGAUAGGCAGUGUGCAAAAAGGGAAAGGAAUUAGCAAAGAUUGCCUUGGACUUGUAAAGACCAAUUGUCAUUCUCCAGCCACAACGUUGUCACAGCAGGGAUGUCAGCUGACGUGGUCUAAGAAAUCUGACUCCAGAGUUGGUAUGUCAACCUUUAACAAUACUGCCUCCAUGGCUGUCCAAUUUAUUAUUUUUUAACUUUGAAAAAAUAAAGAUUUAUUACUUAUAA